GACUAUAGAUCAGUCACACACGGAGAGAGAGAGGGAGAGGGGGAAGAAAGUAAAGAAGGAUUCAUGUAGGCGUUAUUUUUCAUUUAAAGAAGGCUCGAGAAUUGUUUUAGAGUGUGGCACAACCAAAGAUUUGAGAGGACUCACAAGCCAAGAUGCUCUGUCACGUUACUCGGCCGGAUUCGGUGGUGAUGGAAGUGGAAGUUGACGCGAAGGCGAACGGUGAAGACUGUCUUAACAAGGUUUGUCGAAAGUUGGGCAUAAUUGAGGCGGACUACUUUGGGCUGCAGUUCACGGGCAGCAAAGGGGAGAACCUGUGGCUGAAUCUGAGGAAUCGCAUAUGUCAGCAGAUGGAUAAUGUGACGCCAUGUCGACUGAGGCUGCGGGUCAAGUUCUUUGUGGAGCCUCAUCUAAUUCUUCAGGAACAGACGAGGCAUGUAUUCUUCACACACGUGAAGGAGGACCUCCACAACGGUCACCUCCGUAUGGCAUCGGAACAAGCGGAGGAGCUGAGCGCGCUCCUGGCGCAGGCAGAGUUUGGUGACUACAACCAGAACACAGCCCAGUACUGGUACUCGGAGCUGUGUGGAGAGGAGCCCAGCACCGCGACUACCAACAGUAUCAUAUCCAGACACAAAGCUCUGGAGGGUUUGAGCCCAGGCUCGGUGGAGUACCAGGCUCUGCAGCUGGUCUCGUCUCUGGAGCAUUACGGCGUGGAGUGGCACUGGGCUCGCGACGCACACGGUCAGCGGUUGGCCAUCGGGGUCGGCCCCGAGGGAAUGGCCAUUUGCAAGGAGGAUUUUAGUGUAGUCAACAGAAUCAGUUAUCCCGUCAUUCAGAUCGCCACCCAGUCGGGGAAGAGCGUGUACCUGACCGUUACCACGGACACAAACGACAGCGCCGUGCUCCUGUUCAAGCUCAUCAGUAACCGAGCAGCCAGCGGACUUUACCGGGCCAUUACAGAGACGCACGCCUUCUACAGGUGUGACACGGUGACAAAUGCAGUGAUGAUGCAGUACAGUAGAGACUUUAAAGGCCACCUGGCAUCACUGUUCCUCAACGAAAACAUCAACCUCGGAAAGAAAUACGUCUUCGACAUCAGACGCACCUCCAAGGAAGUGUACGACCACGCCCGCCGCGCACUCUACAACUCCGGUGUCGCCGACCUGGACUCGCGCUCUGGCAGCGGGGAGCGCUCCCCUCCCUCGCGCUCGCCGUGCAGGGACGACCAGCAGGACGGGGGGCUGGACUGUAGCAGCUGCCGGCAGAGCCGAGCGCUGCAGGAGAGGCUGCAGAAGCUCCGCGAGGCUCUGCUGUGCAUGCUGUGCUGCGAGGAGGAGAUCGACGCGGCCUUCUGCCCGUGUGGCCAUAUGGUGUGCUGCCAGACCUGCGCCAAUCAGCUUCAGUUGUGUCCUGUAUGUCGGUCAGACGUGGAGCACGUACAGCACGUCUACCUGCCCACGUGCACCAGUCUGCUAAACCUGACGCUGACCGACAACCACCAGCUCCACAGCAGCGUCCCAGCGCCCAUCCACAGAGGGACGGACUCUCCUCACACCUGCUCCGCCCCCGAGUACGAACAGAAGAUCUAUCACUCGUGAAGGAGGACGCCGCCGCCAAAGCUCCAACUUCAAACUUUAUUUCAACGCAAAUCAGCCAGACUCUGGCCUCGUAACCAAGGAACAUUUGUCCUGUGUGUCAAACAAAGACUGAGCAUCAGCGCACACACACACACACACACAUACCACUCCCUCACUUUUCAGUUUGUCCAGUUGUUUCUUAAGUUUGUUGUUAUUUUUUUGUGUGUCUCAUUUAGUCCAUAUCCUUUUUAUUUUAUUUUAUUUUAUUUUAAAUCUCAGUAUUUGCUGCCACAUCAUUUUAGGUUAGGCUCUUAUUAUCCUUGUUUGUUUAAAUUCUUGCAUCAGUUGACCUGAUGCAGAAAAAAACAUUGUCAUGUUUAUGAAUGAUGUUGUUUUUUAGUUUGAUCUCAGGCUCCUCCCCAGAACCCCCUCCCCAACCAUAGGACAUAGGAAUGUCUGUGUUUUACAGUAGCAAACCUCAUUGUCUUUAUUUAUUUUUUAUUUUUAAACAGUUUGAGAACGGAGUUUUUACCGUCUAACAGAGUGAAAUGCUCUUCUUUUUUUUUCUCCCCCCCUCUCCAUCAAAUUUGUUAUUUAUGUUCCACGUUUGCUCUGCCAAUGAGGAUGCAGCACUGAUCUGGUGAUAGCACUGUGAUCUAAUGAGACACAA